AGAGAAAUAAUGACGUGUAAAUAGAAUUUUCCCCGAAACAAACGUGAAUUAUUGUUGCUGAUUCUGUGAUUGGGGGAGAGUCUCUUCUGUCUCUGGGAUACUCAUCGUCGGCAAAUUCCCAGUGGCGCUUCAAAUUCGCCUGCUAAAACGUGUAGAUUCAUCGAGCUUCAAUCCUCACUCUAACCUCACACCCCUGUAACUAUUGCGAGCCUCGCAAUCCAAUUUCGAGAUUAGGGUUUAGGGUUUUUUUUUCUUGGCAAAUGUCAUCGGGAAGACCGCCGUCCGCCUCCGACGGAGACAUGCGGAUGGUGGCGGUGGUACCGGAGAGGCUGACUCCUGCCCUGCCGCCGCGGCCUCCUUCGUCAGCCGGAGGAUCUAACGCGCUUGUCGAGUUCGUGCCGACAGGGCCUAAUCCCGAAGAAGAAGACCUUGAGAUCAAGCUUCGCCGAAUCCUCGAACACGUUCCCGUUCGCGUCAGCAACACCUCCGGCAGCUCUGCCGGUUCGGGCUCCGGCGACUUUCAUCAGUAUCGGCAAAUGAGACGGAAAGAACAAGACCGGCUUGCAAGGAUGGACGCUGAUUACCAGAAAAGAAAAGAAGUGGCAGAAUUCAACAUGAGAAGGGAGGAAAGAAUGAAAGCUGCUGAGGAACAGUCAGAAAAGAAACGGUUAAAACGCCUGAAGAAAAAGCAGAGGAAGAAAGAAAAGAAAAGAAAAUUGAAUACCGGUGGAGAAGAGCAUCAAAAAGAAGAAUCUUCAGAGGACGAUGGGGACUCCGAUGAUGGUGACAAGGUUAAAGAAUGAGAUUUUAUUGAAAAUUGUAAUUCUAAACUCAUUAGUCUAUGUUUUAGGUUCUGUAACCGCGUUUUUCUCACCUAGCAAGGCAUUUUUCCCUUAGUGGAAUUUGUGAAGUGAAAUACUUGAGGGAUAGGGGAAAUGAAAUAGAUUUUAGAGUAAGAAUUUUGCUUCACUUUUUUUUGUGUGUGGAUUUUCAAGCUCAAUUUUACUGAUGGAUUCCUAUGGAAGAUGACAACUCUUUUCUGGUGA